CAAAAUUUUAAGUUGGAAGACUUAGGUUUUUUUUUUUUUGGGUCAAGAAUCCAGGCCAGUUACCUGGUCCAAAUUCUAAACAAUGAUUCUUUCUACCUAAUCCGACUUGGAAGACAGCGAUGAUCCCCUCUCUUUGCACGUAAGGCGAGCACGGCGCUUCUCCCAGCAGCUGCUCCCUCUCGUUGAAUCGGCCGAGUGAUCAUAAACUAAAUCUGCGACGACGCUACCAACUUUCAGUUGUAGCCCAUUUAUGUCAGCAUCGUCAACCACCUUCCUUGGUCAAAACUGCCGCUGAAGCCCUCCAACGUUUGACCGGAUCCACAGUCCGACUUCGCCAUGCCCAGCUCUCCCUCUCGAAGCUCCUUACCUCGCAGAGGAUGACCGCACUGCGAACGAUUCUUUCUUCCUCCCUGGUUUCAUUUCCAAAACAUGGGCAACAAAUCCAGUGACGGUCCUAUGUUGGACUGCAUGGAGAACCUCUGCCUUAGAUUGUUAAAGAUCUGGAUUGAAGAUCUCGAUUUCUACUUCAGCUUGUAUGGUUCUGUCAUCACUUUUGCUGUUCACGGCUAUCUGUACAACAUUCUAGCUGAUGUGAAAAUGUGCUCCAAUUCAAUCGCAGGUUCCCUAUUAUCGUGGUCUUCACCACUGCAUGAGCUAGACAAUUUCAUUCUUGGGAGUCCAAGGCACUCCUUUCUCAACAUCCACAUUCACUUUCAGCCAAUCUCCCCAGGGGAGAUCUCCACCACACCGUGCCGGAGGCCGUGAUUGUUGGGGCGGGGGCCAUAUUUUGGGUAUGUUAUAUGUCUUGGACGGAGAGGAGUUUAAGGAGUUUCUUCUACGCAUCUGAUUGUGUUAUAUAUAUCUUAGUUAUUGUUUUUUCCUCGUAUUGUUAUAUAUUUUUGUAAGAGAGAUAGGAGUCGUU